AUGACAGCGGCAACCCACCCUCGGGUCGCAUUGAUAUCAGGCCCGCUCGAGGUGUCCCACGAGUACUUCAAGCACUACUACGAGCCUCGCAUCACCAAGGCAAUUGCCGCGGACGACCACUUUGUCGUCGGACCAGUGAGUGGCAUCGAUGCACUGGCCCUCGAUCAUCUCCUCGAUACAGCUCAUGUUCCCCCCUCUCGUAUCAGCGUUCACAUGGCCGGCUUCGAAGCUCUCUCUCGCCCAGUGUUCGUCAAAAAGUUGGAAAGCAGAGGUGUCCAGGUCGUGAACGUCAGUGAGGCAACGACGACAUGGGACCGCGAUGCAGCCAUGACACGAGCAAGCGAUUAUGAUAUCCUCCGCUACCGCACGGAGUGGGAGCAGCAGGCUAUCUACGGACACCGAUGGAGAGCGCGGGGGUCACGAUUCGCGGCGGGAAACCUGAGUGGUGAAGAAGAGGUGUAG